CGUAACAAAAUUCAUACCAUACCAUCUACGUCUGUUGAUAAUAGAAGAUAUGGUAGCGACACUAAUUCAGUGUCAUGGGUAAUGACGGUCUUUAUUGGAGGGGGAGUAGUGCUUGUUAUGGCAUUUGGCACUAUCGCAAUCUUGGUUAUAAAAUUACGGCGCGUGACUCAGACCAGAGACGGAUCUAGAGGCAAGUUCGUAAGUCUUGAAUAAUUAAGGAAAAUCAUUAUUCACAAAUUAAGUUCAUUAUUUAAAUCAGUCGAGUGAGUAAGAUUUAAAUUUCUAGUCAAAGAGGAGCUCGCUCUAACAGAAAACGCAAAAAGGACAAAGAUAACUGAUGGAUCUUUUUCGAUGGUAAUACAGUUUGGUCACCGUGAGAGAGAAGAACUUACUCACUGUAACUCACGAUAACUCACUAAAACUAUAUCUUAUAGAAAUGGCGUGGUUGUCAAAAGUGUGAUAAAAAUGUCACAGUAUAGUUACUGGGCAAAACUUACUUUAUAUCCUCCUAUUAGCUGUUCAAAUAGAACGUAUCUUUCAGUUUAGUACGCCCUUUUUGAAUAUUUUUUAUCUGUUCCUUUUUUGCAGAUGCAAGAAGUGAAAUUGCUGAAAGGUAGGCAAAGAACUGCCCAAUGCCGGCUCACUGCACCAUUUUUCGGAUGUUUAUCGCCAUGUCAUUGUUAAGAAAGAUUUUUUCACUCAGAUUUGUCUUAUAGUUUCACCAUACUCCCGAAGAACCCUCAAAUGUAAUAAAUAACCCUAAAUGUAAUAAAGGUCCCAAGUGUAAUAACUUUUGGCCCUUAAUGUAAUAAAGGUCCUAAAUGUAAUAACUUUUGGCCCUAAAUGUAAUAAAGCGUCUCAUAAUAUUAUAUGUGUAAUAGGUUUUAGCCCUAAAUGUAAUGGAAGUCUUAACAGUAUACUGCAUGUAUGUAACAUAACAACCCCAAACUUGAUAAAGUCCUUGACUGAAACAUGCGACGGUCUGAUGCGAUAUUAAUUUUAUAGCCAACUGGCGAUUACCCGGGCGAUUCCCUUUCUUCGCCCUAAUGUAGUCUUCAUAGAUAUUCAUAAACUUAGAAAGCGGCUAGAGCGCUCAAGAAGUAGGAGAAACACUUAUAAAUUAACUACGUCUCGAUCGUGUUUCCUACUGAUCCGUACAUCGUAAAACGCGAGUUAUAAACAACUGGAAUCUACACAAAAGUUUUCAAAAUACAGUAGUAAUUUAGUAAUUGAAGGAAGUAUUAAUGUGCAUUAGAACAGUCGUUGUAAAUUAACUACUUUUGCCUAUGGGGUUUUUUAAUGUUGCACCAAAAAAAGAAAUGUUUUUUUUUUUUUUUAUCAUUUUCCAAAAGAGUAUGUCGGUCGGUCCAUACAGAAUGCUGUGAACACGAAGUUAUCUCUAAACAACAAGAUAUUAAGGCCGGUAUAUCUUGAUAGUUUUUCGGACUUCCUGACUUUGAUUUUAAUUUCUACCAGGAGUACUUCUUGAAGUGAAUUUUUAUGCUAACUUUUUUUUCCAGGAUUUUACCACAUGAAUAAUAAUAAGUUGUUACUCAAAUGGCUAUAUAGGGGAUCUGCCUGGUGUAUUUAGUAAUUCUUCCCUAGACACAUUCAUGCGCUCAGUUAAUCUGUAAUAAGGCUGAAAGCCAACACUAUGAAAUCUUCUUAUGACCAUAAGCAUAAUAAGAGCUGAAAGAAUUACACUUAGGACCCUAUAUUACAUUUAGGGCCAAAAGUUAUUACAUUUAGGACCUUUAUUACAUUUAGGGUUAUUUAUUACAUUUGAGGCCUCAACAACAUCUAUUGUCAAGAAAUUUCAUGCUCUAAAGUGCUGCAUUUUGAAUUCAGGAUUCAGCUUGAAAAUCAGAGCAGCGCUUUGAAUCCAACACAGAAAGCAGUGGCCACUCGACUCAGUGGGAUGUCAGAUGAAAACGGAGAUCAUGGAAGACUUGACGUCCAAACAAGACAACAGCCACGCCGGACGGUUUGCGAAUACACCAUGUUGAGUCAGAGUACAAUGGUAUGUCCAACUAAUUAUGCCAAGAAUUCAAAACUUAAACGGCAACACAUAAAGACGAGAAGCCUCUAGGGCCAUUGUUAUAUCUUUUCCUAAUAGAUAUAUUCUUUAAUAAUUUAAUUGUUAUGGCAGUUAGCCCUGUUCAAACCAAGCUUUUUCCUCUUACUUCCUGUCGCCGGGAAAGGAAGGAGGAGGGAGGGGGGAGGGGGGCUUCGGACGUCGGAGGGUCCCAUUUUAUACUUUAAGACCCCGCUUAUGAUACGGUCACCAAAAUUACACAGGAUCGUGUGCUCAGCAUUUCUAAUCAAGGUAUACUUUGAUUGACGCAAUGACGUAAUGCACAUGAUGUCAUCAUCACGUCAUAGUAUUCAACUUAAAUUUUUUUGGGGGGUGGGGUGGGGGGCGCUAAAAAAAACUCCUCCGGUCUGAAUUGGAUUUAGUGAAUUAUUCAUUGUAUUAUACUAACUGGUGGGUAGUGUGAUGAGUUCCUGAGAGUCUCUCUUGCAUCUGACAGUAUGACUAUUAGUUCUUUAACUGCUUUAAUUUGUUAUUGCUUCAUCCGGUAAUUGUUACUUCAUUUGGUUUCCUUUUCUAACUUAUUCUUUCCUCCAUUAAUUUUACAGACACAAAGUGAAAGAGUCUACGCGUCACUUGUGAAUCAGUAAAUAGUAACAGCAAUAGACCCUGUAAUAAUUCGCCGAUAUACGUUAAUCAAAGAUAAGCUUUCCCUUCCUCCCCGGUUUACUAAACAACUGAUAUUUCGCGGAUUGCAUUUUAAGCCUCUUAAAAAAAUUUAAAUGAUCAUGUUGAACUUUCGUUUAUAUUUCAACCAGAAAUGAAUGUAUCAAUGAAAAGGGUUUUUAGAGCGUUCAGGCUGAGAGUAGCAAAAAUUUUGAGCACAUGCCGAGGUCGUGAGACUCAAUUUUAAGAGAACGGGUAUCUAUCUCCCGUGUCUAUAGUCCUCUUUGAGGGUCUCAAUGGGGUGGUGGCUUUUACGGUUAUCGGCUAAAAUUUUGGCUCUUUUACGGCUAUCGGUUAAUUUUUUUCAGUUACGGUUAACAAAAAAGUUAAAAAUUAACUUCUUUUGUUUCAAAAAGUUAAACCUGUAUUUUUUCUAUCUUUAAAUCGAAAUAAAGGUCUUCGGAUCAUCUCGGGAUGAAACAAACUAUUCUUUUGAAAAAUUUUAACAUUUGAUAGAUCAUACUUUUUAUAAAGUAUUUCACUUCUAAUAUUAUUUUACACAUAGAAAUGUCAAUAGUCAAAUUAAAAAUAAUCUUGUGAAAAAGCAAAAGCGAACACGCAAACGUCCAACUCAAGGCCGGGGCGCGACAUUCAUUAUAACAGAAAUGGCCGUGUUCACACUAGAGACGUAUUACUCGUGUGAGACGGGUUAUCCGUUUGAUGAUUCGUGUCAGAUAGGUAUACUUCUUAAUUUGAAACUGGAAUAGUUUUAAUUUUGAAUGAGCAAUCCGCCUAACUUUACCCGUUAAUUUCAACGGACAGUUUCAAGACGGGAAUAUCCGUUCCAGAUAGCCGGUGUACAACCCUCCCACCCUUCCCCCUCCCCCCCCCCCUUCAGAAAAAAUCGGAGAAGGGGUGUCUGUGGGGAGGGCGCGACUCUACACACGCUAGUCUCAGACGGAUAAUCCAUCUCUAGCUCUAGCGUGAAAACGGCCAAUAACAAUAUUCCCGUGUCUAGCGAAGGACUGUACGGAACGACUAUCUGCCGUUGCCUUGUCCGUAGGCCUCAUUAUUCCGCGCAGCUAAUGUGUUUCGGGUCACGUGGUCCUAGCGAGUUUGCCACCGAAAUGCCUAGACCGAGAUUGCGUGGGAAGACGCCGUACAGGGACUAGGCAUGGCAAUGUCUACCGUAGCCGGCCGUAGCGUCAGAGAAAAACAGGGGAAUGUUGAUUAUCGGCAACGUGUUUUACAAACAGUGACAUCUCUUUGUGUUGUUUCACUAGUGUUUUGAGGGCACGACCUCCUUAAAAUCUCAAAUAUUAAUCCCCAGCAAGAAGCCAAACUUUCGCUAUGGAAAAAAUUAGUUCCCCGAGAGAGUGGCGGAAAUGGAGCCAAGGUCUUGGUCAACACCUAAAAGGCGCUUUACUUAACGUGCGUACGGAAAAUAAAUAGCCGGGAAAUAAAAAACGCAACCAUAAGUGAGUUUAGUACCUUCCUUAAAAGUAGCAAAUCUAAGGAACAGUUUCUUUUACGGUUAACUCUUUUCUACUCUAUUUACGGCUAACGGUUAAAAUUUUUCAAUUUUUUCGGCUAUCGACUAACUUUUUGGCCGUUUUACGCCUAUCGGUUAACCCCAUUGAAACCCUCCUCUUUGUGCGACUCAGUGGAAGGCUGUAACUGAAAACAAAAAACAAAAAAAACGCAACCUGAGAGUUGAUGGAAAGACGCAUUGUUUUCCCUAGCCCAUGCACUUUCCCCUUCAUCUCGUGUGAUGUGUCUUAAAUUUCUGCUUACGAACAAGACGUGCCGGCCCACAGAUUAAUUAAACCCCUUUGUAUAUAUCGCACGCUAUUCUGUUUCGCACGGUAUUAAUCUGUUUCCUUCAGUACUUUCGCAUCAAAUGUCGGUUUUUUAGCUAGUAGGAAACAUUAUCAUUAAUUACCGCUACAACUACAACGAAAACGCAAUUGUAACCCGAGUAGGAAUAUAAUCAUGGAAAAUUAAAACGCACGCAGUUCUAUUUUGUGUGCUUGUCCUCGCUGUUUGUUUUGCUUUGUCAUUGUUGGCAAUGAGCAAAUAGAGCUCGACUGUUCCCCCGCUCGGUGACAACAACAUCAUAUUUAUGACAAAUGUCUCACAACUCACUUCAGCACAAUUAUCGGAGGGGUCAAGUAACAACACAACAGUUUGCUCUUUUCAUUUAUAGCUUCAACGUCCUGUUUUGCUUUAAGAUACUACUUGAGAUACAAAUUUUAAAACCUUUUGGUUUUACUAGACUCGUCUGUGGAUAUCCAUCUCCUAAGCUCCGAUGAGCGUAAAACUUCCUUCAUGGUUUCAGCCGUCAAAUUGAACCAAAGUUUAGCAUAAAAUAAGCCAUACGUAAGCUUUCAGGUCUGAAUAAACAACAAAUGUAAGUGCGAGAGCUGAGGCACUACCUUAAAAUACAGAGACGAUCACCUUGAUCGUGUUAUUUUACUUUUGAUGUUGACUUAUGGCGAACGAACGUUUGUUCUCGAUCUCAGUGUUAAUACUUCCAGUCCUGUGUCUACAAGUGCUCGGCAUUGCUGGUAAGAUAAGUACGGCAUCCUUUUUAAUUGUAUUGUACAUCCAUUGCGCCAGUACAGGUGAUAACUCCAUUGCAGUUACUAAGACAAUCCCGCAUUUCAAAACUCUCCUAAUUGAUAGGUGCUUAAUCGAUAUCAGGCGCCAAAACAACUCAGACUUUAGUUUCCCACAAGUAAACGUGGUUAUUAAAAGUAACGAAUCAAAGCAUCUGUCUGUUUAAAUAGAGUAACGCAGACCUAUUCUUGGAGUUUUUGUUGCCAAAUCCUGACGUUGAGUUUUUCACGGGUAAUUAUUGGGCUACGCGGUACCUUACUCGUACGUAUACGGAGACAGCAACAAAAACGUCCAACAGCAAUUAAGGUAAUUUUAUGAGCAAACCAUGAACUCUGCUUUAAACUUUUCUGUAAAUUUCUAUGUCGGUUCUGUACAAAAAGGAUAUGAAAUGGCCAAAUUCACAAGUUUUCAUGAGGGUGAACGGCCGGGCGAUAGAUUUUUCAAUAUCGUAAACUAUCGCAUAUAACCAAUAUUAGGGUCUUACAGAGAGUAGUUCUAAAAUAACAACAGGGUUUGAGCGAAGACGUAAGUGCUUAAGCUGAGGCACUGCCUUAAAAUACUGAGACGAACACCUUUAACGCAAUUUUGCUUUCGGUGUUAUAAUUAUGGCGAACAAACUUCUUCCAGUGAAUGCACUCUUUAUAGUUAUGGGCCUGUGUCUACGAUUCAAGUUUUAGGCAAUACUAGUAAGAUAAGAUCUAACCUGGGUCAUACAAUAAAUUCCCUAUUAUUAGGUCAUUUUUGAAAACUCGUAGCGCAGCAGCUGUUAAGAAAAUUCCGCCGGCCAAAAACGCCCACCCGAUGACGUGUUGGGCCAAUCCUAUUUUGGGUAGUUUGACAAAAAUUUUUUGUAACUUUCUGACAUGGCGCUGAAAGUAGAGAAUGAAGCACUAAUUAAAAUUAAACUUGACGUUAAAUCAAAAUUAAUCGGUGCAUUGAAAAAGCAUAUAUAACUUGUAUCGUGCUUCAAGUUAUAGUACACUGGAUUGUUUUGGUAGUCUCUCCUCUGUUUGAAAUGCAAUUUUUUGUUCCUCGGCACGAACCAGUAUAUAUAAACAAUCAAGCCCCGUUUUCACUUUUAAUGCCAUCUAAUUUUCUUCAAACACGAACCCCCUAAAUCACGGUUGCCGUAGCCUGCGUAGCAAGCGUUUCCGUGCGGUUUAGGAGCAAAGAACGAGGAACGAUAGUUAAAGACCGCGCGAAAAAUGGCGUAAGUAAAAGAGCGGGGAGGGGGUGGGGAAGAAAGGUAGGAAACGCUUGCAGACAAACCCCAUUUUGAAAACCGCCCACUUGGCCUGUCACGCCUGAGUUCGCUCACCGACAUUUGAUGCUGUCAUCAGCUGUCAUAAUUGACCAAUAAAAUGUUUGGCUUUCACUGGAGCGGAAAUGAACUUCAGAGGACGCGUAUGUGAACCCAAAAUAUAUAUUUUUUGUAUUUUAUAACACAUGGACGGCGUUUAUGUUGAAAUAUCAAUGAAUCCGAACGAUCAAUACAGGCUUUGGAGAUUUGUCUUUUUAAUCCGUCUAACAGAACAGUCUGUAAAUAACCAUCUGAGAGAAUUCAACAUCCCUCAAAAACACACUAACGAGCUGGGCCAGCAUGACACAUUGCAGGAAACCAUCGCAUUCGCGGGCAAAAGAAAAUCGCUUUCAGUUAUUCAGAUCCAGGACGCACUUUGGAGAAUAAAUUAAACGACCGGAAACCUUAUCUAGUCGCAAGAAGAGCCUUACGUUUCAAAAGAGGUCAAAGAAAAUGCUUUGCAAAUCCCCGAGAGCAAAUCUUGUCCUCUCAGUAUGAAACAAGCCUUUGAUCGACACAUGUCAACGUUGUUCGACUAGCCGAGCCAAUCAGGCGCUGCGUUCGCUGGCGAACGCAGGUUUUAAAAAUCGAGCGGUUUGUCUGCAAGCGUUUCCUUCCUUCCCCUCCCCCUUCCCCCACUUUCAUUUUUUGGCUCUUGUUUCAUUUCUCGCGCGGCCAAAACCGAGAAUCCCUUUCCUCGGUCUUUCCUUGCCCCGAAACCAAACGGAAACGCUUGCUAUGCAGGCUACGGUUGCCGUGAACAUACAUCGCACGGUGUCAAUGAAUGCUUACACCGUUAUGCUAUUGCUUACCUUAAAGAGCUUGUUUCACUGUAAUUUCUCCUCUAUCAACCUCGUCCCCAGGGCUUUUCCCUUAAAAAAUGGGUGGGGCGGGAAAAGGGUAUCAAACGACUGCUAACAAAGAAAGACUUGGGUCCAUUUAAAAUUGACAUAGCUGUAGUUGAUUCCAAUCGAUCGGUCAAUCUUCCCUUUAAUAUAAGGAAAAUCCUUUGUACUUAUCCUCGGAAGAGAAAAGGUAUAAGAGAUCUUCAAAUGUUUCAGAUCGGCGAAAUGUCAUCGUUCCUGGCUGGAGGGCUGACUUGCAUCCGGCGCGGAGAUUUGUUUGUUUCAUGGUCGGGUUGUAGAGAAGACCAGACUCCAUAAAGUAUUUUGAUGAACAAUUCUAUUUCAAUUAAGUUCAAUUUGUUUAAAUUCACUGCAGAUCCUAGAGGCAAAGGCCCGCCUUUUUUUGACAUUGGACAAAAUCACUUUCCGCUUGAUGAUCGUACAGUAAUUCCACAGUCACGAUGAAUUUCAGUCGAAGUACUACUCGACAACAGCUUGUCUCAACUCUGAAGCAUUUGACAUAUUUUGUACGUGACAACGUAGAGCCGGUACGCCCUUUCAUAAGCUCGUAGCAUUUGAAUAAUACGCAAUUAAAUGGAUCUUAAGCUUUUGAAUCGCACAGACGCGAAAAUAUUGCAAACAGUUCGCGAUAUUAUUAUUUUCCAUUGUUGCUCCGUUCGACUUCUGUCAGCGCAAAACCAGCGGGUUGCAUAUAAAUUAGCUUCUCAGGAAUAUUUACGUUGUGCACGUGACCAGCCGAUGCCAGGGCCUUUUCCCGCCCCACCCAUUUUUUAAGGGAAAAGCCCUGGGGACGAGGUUGCUCCUCUAUUUGAACAUUAAAUCCCAUUUAUAAAGUUUUUGUUUUUUAAUAUAGAGCUCCCACUUAGUUUAAAUAUAAAAAUAAUUCUCUUGGACUUGUCUGUGGAAUGAACGCGGAAAGGAGUUCUUCUUGUACUUUCGGAAUACCAGGACGCGCCUUUAGAACUUAGGGACUGUGCAAUAAUUACCUGGAGGGGGGAAGUGGGAAAUGGGUAAAAUAUGCCCCAAAACUAAGUCAUACCCCCCCUCUCAUGAAGCAAAAAUUAAUUUCAACCCCCCCUCACAUAAUCAAAAUAUUAAGGCUAACAAACCCCCGCCUUUCAAAUGACUCUUCGAAGGGUCAUUUGAAGAGUCAGCAGAAUCACUGGACUCCGAGCUUGUGUCGUCUUCGCAUGAAUUGGGAGAUUCCUCAUCUUCUACAGCAUCUCUGGCACGCACUAAGGUUCCUGCGUGCGUGGGUGAGAACUCAGGAAUUCCUGUCUGAUUGAGCUUUUUUUUGAAGCUCAAUUUAAUCAUACUCUCGGCUUUAUUUAAAAUUUGUAUUACUGUUAAAAUUUCAACAAUUGGGUUUUUCAUUCUGCUAAAUUAUAUAAUGAUGCCAUGUGUGCUAACUUGGCAUCUUUCUUUUUCACUGAAUAACAUUUAUAGUGUUGCUUUUGCAACUUUUAAUUGAAGUUUCCUUUUUUAUUAAAUCCUAGUGCAAAUAAAGUAGCACUGUUUUAACACGGUACCGCGGUACAACUCAUAUUUGUAUCCUCGAAAUUAACGAGAAAGCAGAUCGUUUAGAAGAAACAUAAGAAUUAAGUUAUCAGGUAACGUUAAUCCUGUGCAUCUGCAAAGGAUAGGGAAACUUACAGUUUGUGUAGGCUUUAUAACAGUUUCACUAACUUUCAGCUGCCCUUUCUCGAUCUUUAAGUACGACAAGCGUAUCCACAAGAUUAGAUUAAAGGCGCAUUUUAUUUUUCUUAUGCGCCUGGGAGUGCACGGUCUGCAAAGUGGAAGUCGACAUUAGAAUUUUUCUUGUGUUUGAUUCAGUUCGUGUAUUACUCACCCUCCGAUUUUAUGUGCCAUAUAACUGUUUACCAGAAUCUCGAUCAUAAUUAAGCACUGAUAAGAUUUACCAAGUCAUUCAAAUAAUCCGUGUCUUUUCAAUCUUUUGUAUUACGACUUCAAUUCUAAAUCCAGGUCCAGCCUUUGAUUUUAGCGGAAAUGUCUUAUCACGUUAGAAAUUUUUUGUUAAAUAGUUCAGUGCGACAAAAUAUACAUUUGAGUAUUGCUUUCUAGAAUCACUGUGAAAGACUGUACUGGGGAUAAUAACAACUUCACCGAUUAUUAGGGAGGAAUGACAACUGUAAGCGGCAAAUAAUUGCAAUUAUUCAUUUAACACUUGAAGACUUACUGUUUACAAUGUAUUACAACUAUUGCAUGAAACUGAUUUUUGUUCUCAGCGGCCAUCAUAUCUUGGAUGCCUAUGUGCUGCAAAAAAAAAAUACCUGAGUGGCUCUUGGUAUAGUGUACGUAACAAUAAUUAGUACAAAAAAAUGAUAAUACUAUAACCACCUUUUUACUUCCAGCACCCCUUCAUGACCCAUUGUCUCUUGCCUUUGUCAACCUCUUAUCCACUUCUCUCCACAGCCAUCACCCCUCACUCCCAAUAAUAGACGCAUUCCUUUGUAAAUUUACUAUUGACUGAUUGCAGAAAUAAAAUAAUAGAGAGAUUAGGAUUCACGUUUACGCCAAACGGCAAACGUUAAUUUAUACCACGUGACCAAGUUUUUCCCGAUUGUCGUUAACUGUUUAUUACUUCAACUAAAAAUAAAGUAGUCUCACGCCAGUGUUAUACAUAAGAAAAUUAUUGUUCUCGACAGAUUUUAUCUGCUUAUUUUCUGAGAAGGUCUCAACUUGAAUCUGACGUUUGCAGUUUUUGCGGAAACGUAAAUCUUAAUCUCUCUAAUAUUGGCAUAAUAACUUUGGUAUGAUUCAUUUUUUUAAGGCCUGGAUUUUACUUUCAAUUGCUCUGUUUACACAUUUCAUAUGAAGUCCCUUAUCAGCUGGGAAAAAAGCAAGAAUCUGUGUGAGCAAAAUGGUGGCAAGCUUGUUUCCAUGGAACGUUUAAGGGCUGAGUUAAACUUCCUAGAAACUCAGUCAAAAACCCGGAAAAUGAACACUACUGAAUAUUACAUUGGAUUGAGGAAAAAAGGUCAGAAAUGGAUAUGGGUUAGCGAUAACAGCACAUUAGAGGAAACUGAAAGAGUUAAUUUUCCUUGGGCUCCAAGUGAGCCAAAUGGGAAUGGAAAUUGUGUCAAAAUGUGGCUCCAAAAAACGAACCCACGGACUUAUGUAUAUGACGACGUUGACUGCAGACAUUCUACGUCUGAUAUUGGAUAUAUCUGCGAGAGAAUCUCCACACUUUUGAAAUGUGGAAGUAAUGGUGAGUAGCUAGAGACAGUUAGUUAUUAUCAGUACAUCAUGUUUUCUAUGAUCUCUCCCAGCGGCUGCUUGCUUUAGUACAGUUCACUAAAUAAAAACUUUAUUUGAUUUGCCUACUGAAUGUUGUAAGUCUUCCAACAUUCAAUACAUGAUUCUGUUAAAACAGUACCGAGAAAAUCGUUCAUAUAUAUGCACUCAUAGUAAAAUCUAAAGACUUCUCUCAACCUGAGAGAUUUAGUCAAGAAGAACCUUAACCUGUUAUGGAAAACCGUCAAGUCAAAUAGGUCACAUGUACUAAGAAUGAAUACCGUCGACAAGUUUCAAGUAAACACACUGAAUGAUCUGCAAAGGUUAUCGUAGUCCCGUAUACAUAUUUUCACUUUAUUCUCUCUAUAUUCUACUCAGUGUUUUACCCAUAGUUGAAAUAAGCGACGCUCUUGUAUAAGCACCGCACCUAUAACAGGGAAAAUGAAAUAAACGCCGCGGCGCUUAAUUGAUCAUUUACGGUAAUUAACUGAGGAAGACAUAAACACCACCACACCGAUAGAACCCAAAAGAAAACGGGAUAUAUAGUAGCUGUUGGUAUAUUUUUGCUGAUCGGGAACUCUAAAGAUCCUACAGCUUUGCGGCAUUUUCAUUUGCAGUCCUUUGCCGCUAGUUUUGUACUCCAUUUAGCGAAACACGAUUUGUUACAUCUGCUGGAGCGAAAAAUCAUUUGACGGUAUACAUCCCGGUAUAAAAUGUACGAUAAACACGAUAAAACAACCUACAUGUCCUCUAAAUUAAAAAAUCCAUUAAUUAAUACACCAAAGAUAAUCACUUGAAUACUUUAUAAAUAGUUGUAUCCUGAAUUAAUUCAUUAUCUUAGUUUUUUGAUGAACAGCUAAAGCUUUCCUUUUUUCAGUUUCACCGCUGCUCACUGUCUCUUCCAAAUUGAUUACAAAUAUACUAAUUCAGUCACUGUGGCUGACAACGGAGGUUCGUUGUCGAAUUCAGUGACGCAUGUCGUUUUGCAGGCGUAGAUCUUCGUCUUUGCAAUUUUCUUCCCAGAGCCAACGAGUAAGACACCAAAGCUGCCGGAAAGCACGACACCUUCCCCAAUCGAUAGAUCAUCCGUUACGACAGCUACAGUGCGGCGGUCUAUCGCCUCUCAGUCAGAGACUCAAUCUACGACCAAGGAUUUUACUGAUUAUAAGCCACAUACAAUUAAGGGCUCAGCGACAAUGGGAACAAGUAAGCCAAUAAUACUGUAAAGCUUAAGUACUAGUAAUUCCUGCUAAAAAAUGGAAGUAAUACGUCCUGUACAAGUUGUACUGGCUACCAUUUUUACGUGCCCGAAGUCACUGAGUAGUCUUUCGCAGAGCAAAGGCAGUACCCAAAGGUGGUAAACUAACUCCGUGAUUUGUUCUUCAGAUCUGCCGACCAGCGCCGGCCUCUACAUUCAACCUUAACAAACCAUUUCGUGUUAGUCCUAGUGGUUACAAAAAGAGGUGUAUAUGUUUUUAUAGUAGCUGGAUAUUUUAACAUCUGGCAACAUAGCUAGCAUCCUCGGAGACCCAGGGGCAGUCAGUCGGGUUGGGAGAAAAGGUGGGACGAACGUUUUCAAGUACGGGCAAAAAAGCCCCUGGGUAUCGACUCUCACCCAACUAUUUCCAAAAAUACAAGCGGAUGCCGGCUCCUGAUUGGGCACAAAAAAUGCUUUGUAUUAUUGUGCCCAAUCGGCGAACAGUUUCUCUUGAGUUCUUUUCGUGAGUUUUUACACGACGCCUAUUGUUUCGCCACCCUUGCCGGGUUUGAUCACCAAGCUUGUGGGUGCAAGGGAAACUUUUAUUUUCUACUUUCCUAACUGGAAACGAAGGAACUACCGAUGAGUCGAAAAAACGUUUGGGAUGCUUUCAGUAGGAACAAUUCAAUUUGCCUCGAGAAUCAGAUUCUGUUUUUGACGGAUCACAAUGUAUCGUGAAUAAUGGGAAGUUUAAGAUGCGGCGGCGACGAGAAAGUCAAAUAAGCAAUAGCUUGACAAAGCAAAACAACAAGUUUGCACGUGCAUUCACUUUUCCAUGCGACGUUUUCGUGGCCGUGUCAGCCGUCGUGGUAUCUUUUAAAAACUCCCUAAUAUUUACGCAAGGCGUGACCGAUUCAAGCGUGAAUACCUGUUGUAAGCUCAAGCUUGUAUAGUUUUUGGAUAAGCGUCUUUAGUUUUCGGGCAGACAGUGAUUUGAAAUCAGAUGGGGAUUUUAUAUGAAACUGAAAGUUUCCUGACUGCGUGCAUUUCUUCGGUGCCUGAACCAGAGAAGCCGUGAUCGAGACAGUAGCCGUCGCGUACAACUCACGAAAAGAGCUCAGGAGAAACUGUUCGCCGAUUGGGCACAAUAAUACAAAGCUUUUUUUGUGCCCAAUCAGAGCCGGCAUCCGCUUGAAUUUAGUGAUUUUUUUUAUAAUUUUUUUCCUAAAGGCGGCACAGUGGCGGGUUAAUAGCCAUGACUUUGAAUUCGUACAUUUCCGCCCUCCUUUCUUCCAUAUCUGGCCAACAUUUCAUGAUUCAAACUAUUUUAGGUCGGAGUCAAUGGUUCAAUAAAUGCUGAGAAGUUUUGGAUAAUUUUUUUAAUGUUUCUAAUGAAUAAAAAUCAGGUUCCAGGAACGUUUACUAUUAUGGAGAAAUUGGGAAACUGAGGUCUCUUCUUAGUCCAAUACUAUACGUCUUAUAUACAGCUCCCCUUCGAGAUAUUUUACCUAAACACAACGUUCAGUUUCCUCGGUAUGCAGAUGACACUCAAUUGUAUCUGUUUUGUGAAUCGUCUUCUCUCCAAUCCAGAAAUCAAUCGGUCCAAAUUAUUCAGUUUUGCACGAAAUAUAUUGAUGAAUGGAUGACAAGUAACAAACUGAAGCUGCCAAAGGCAAGACCGAACUUAUAUUAACAGUUAUAAUUAACUCAGUUAUCGACCUAAAACAGAGAUAGAAAAGUUCUGACAGAAGUCUUAGCACUCUUUCCUGAUCAAGUCCACAGUUCCAAUAAUGCAGCUCGAAAUUAAUAUUGGUUUCAUCUUUGAUGAAACGCAGCCAUUUCAGCAUGACGUUCCACAUUCGAUAAAUUGCCCGUAUUCGAAGAUUUUUAUCUGAUCAUGAUGAAAGUGUCAAAACACUUGAAAAUGACUUUUGUGCAUGCAUUUGUCAAGUGUAGACUUGAUACUUGUCAUUAUUAUACGCGGGAUAACCUUAUCCAGAAACUUCAAAUAGUCCAAAACUGUGCUGCACGACUUAUCACGAAAGGGAGAAAAUAUUAGCUAAUAUUACCACAUCACCCCAGUACUACGAGAACCGUUCACUGGCUUCGGUUUAACGAACGCGUUAUGUUUAAAAUUCUGCUUUUCACCUAUAUAGCUCUACAUCACGUGGCACCUCUUUACAUAUACAAGACCUACUAGCUUUUUACUCUCCUACACGCAACCUUAGGUCGUCCUCGUCAAGUCUACUUGCUGUAACUUUCUGUAAUUUCAAGACAUUAUGGUGACCUUGAGGCGUUCUUAGUUUGAGCACCAAAAUGAAAAAUUGGAACUCUUUGCCCCUUGAAUUAAAAAUCUCCCAUUCGGUCGAUAUCUUAAAGAAUAAUUUGAAGACGCUUCUUUUUAACAGAACAUUUAGUUAAUAUUUACUAAUAUUUAAUUUUUCGUACUUAUUUUGUAAAGCACCUUAGAACUAUAAGGAUUUUGGCGUUAUAGAAAUUGUAAUUGUAAUUGGAUUUGGGGGUCAAUGAAAAUUUAAAAAGUAAAGGGAAGAAUUUGUAAAACAAAUACCAGGUAGCCUAAAACCCGUGCAAGGUACUAGAACAACCAUUUCAAUACUUUACUUUAUUUCAUUCUCAGUUCGACCCCAUCCCCCCCCCCCCACCAAAAAAAAACAACAACAACAAGCAGAUUGCCCCCUUAAGGUUAAUUACCUGGCUACAAUUCGGGUGUUUCCUUAAUGUUCAUACGUACUCUUUAGGAAGUCACUUGUUUUUAUGAGCGUUUGCUCUUCAAGGAAACCUGCGGGUAACUUACAACGUUGUCAUACGCUUGUAUAACAAGCGCAUUCAGAAUUUCUUAAUACUAGUUUACAUUUUUUAAUGAGUAUCCAGCUUUUAUGAGGAAUAUGUUUACUGUUCGCCAUGCAACGUAUAAUUUGCGAGGUACCCAUAUGAUGACUCUAAGCAAGCCUAGAACAACAACCUAUGGACUACACUCUUUUUCUUAUUUUUCCGCCCAGAAAUGGAACGAUCUUCCCGGCGAAUUAAGCGAUGUGUGCAAAGUCGCAGUACGUUUGAUUAGUUUUCACUAAUUUUUGUCUUAUUUUGUGUGUAUUUUUUUUUUUCAGUUUUUAGAGGUCUUAAUUUGUUUCUCGAAGAUAUUAGCUAUAUAGUGUAGCUACUCUAAAAUUCGAGUUAAAAUAAAGGUUAAUGUAUGACGUAUGUAUCUAUGUAUGUAUGUAAACAAGAGAAACGCUUUUCCAAUCGGGCUUAACUUCGGAUAACACCCAGAGGUCGCAUUUUGGUUUCUCUAAGUUUAUAGAAUAACUCUUAAAUUCUAUUUCAUUUGUCUGUUUCCUUUUCCAGCGGUAUUUCCGGAGGGCAUCGCCGAUGAAUCUCCUGAUACCACCACAAUCAUCUUAAUCCUGUUAGCCGUUAUCAUACUAGUUGUUUUGAUUGUAUUUUUCCUCAUUUUUUCUCGCCGACGUCGCAACAACAAGGCAAAAGGUAUUUUUCGUUAUUCAUUAUACUGCAUAAUAUCAUGGUUUCUAAAACUGUGAUCUAAUCGCCGAACCCGGCAAAUGAUGUUUUUGAUUAGACUGAUGUGGAUUGAAAAUAUGGGGAAAAUGUUAAAAUAUACCUAAAUGGUGAGCUUCUAAACUGUCUAGUGCAAAAGUUUGAAACCAGUUUAAAGAAAUUCGCGACAGAUUCGCUCUUAGUUUCUUGAAGUGUAAAAAAGCUUUGGUAUUUCUUUGCGAUGGCCAGUUCUCUUUCAAAUUUUUUUUAAUAUGAAAACAACAUUUUUAGCACCAGCUUAUGAUGGUCUGUUAUUACCACAGUUUUUUUUUCCUUCACAUUUUGCAUUUUUUCUUUAAUUUGUAUGCAUAUCAAGAGUCUUUGCACUUGGGUUAAGUUCACACAGAUACAUGUAGUGCCUCUGCGCUUAAGAGAUCGAUGCAGCGCAGCUCCAAUUGGCUCUAUUGACCACUCCAGAAAAAACCAUAACAUACCAUAAUGCUCUUUGUUUGUCACCCCAAAAUUUUGCAGAAGCAUUGUUUUCAGUUUCUCUUGGGAGUUAAGAUGGCCCAAAGAGAAACUUAAAACAAUGCUUAUGCAAAACUUUGGGGUGACAAACAAAGAGCAUUAUGGUAUGUUAUGGUUUUUUCUGGAGUGGUCAAUUACAGAAAUCGCGCCAAAUUAAGUCACCGAUCUUAUAUCCAUGUGAACCGAAUAGAAGCCCUAUCCAGUAUGGUUUUCGUCCCGGCGCAAAAGGUAUCCAGUAUAAUGUGAACUUAGCUUAUAAAAGUUAUCAUUCUCUUUUAAGUUUUUCAUGAGUUGUUUUUUGUUUAAGUUUCGUCUUCAAGAAAACAAUCCAGUGACCAAACACACCACCUGCAUAGCUCCACCGAACUUACAGUUCAUUUCAGCAUGUCACAAGCACGUGAAGAACGUUUGACCAUCAAGACAGUUACAGAAAACAACGAAGAGUACACCUAUGCCGUUGUUGAUGAGAAUAAACGAAAAUCCAAGUGUGAUCAGGGAGGUCCAUCCAGCUCCAAAGUAGGAGGAGUUCAACCGUCCUCAGAGGAUGAGCACCUUGCUGCAGACCAAUCAGCAUUGAAGGAGAGUACGGAGAUGUGUGAUAAAAGCAACGAUCAGGAGGAAAAGGGGCGCCACGUUUACGCGAACGUGCUUGUUAAAGAAAACAAGGAAAUGUUUUUUAAAACAGCAGUUUCUCGGGAUGAUGGCCUGGACGUUGCCUACACAAAAGGCAGCUCGGCUAUGGGUAACGAUCCUGUGGAGCAUUUGAAUCGUUCAUCUUUGGAACAAGGAAAGGAAAUAAACAGCAAGAAGGCCACCAGUGAACAGGAUCCAAAUAGCGCAACUGACUGCAACGAUCACUUUUAUGCAGCUGUUGACAAGUCAAAAAAGAAACGAAUGGCCCCUAAGGUAAGUAGUUCUAAACCCCUACUUUAUAAUUUCCUAUCGAUCGCUUAGUUCAAAUCUGUGAAUGAUCAUAUGUUCAACAUUACCUUUUUUUUAAGGAUGCUAAGGGAAUUUUCACACACUUUAUUAUAUGUAAUACAAUAUACAAUGCAAUCAAUCAAUUUAUUUCUGUCAUAACGUGGGGUAGGGUUGCCCCGAGUACCCAAGCCGGAGGCACAUGUAUAAGACGCAUGACAAAAAUAAUAAAAAAAUAAUUAAUACAAUACAUGAAAACUAUAAAAAUUUAAAAAGUUACAAGUAUAUAAGACAAUUAUAAUAAAAAGUAAUGUAUCCGGAAAUGUAUAUGUAAGAGGUAAACAAGUACAACACCCUCCCUCAUCCUUAAGAAUAAAUCGAUGUUGAAUAUAUGAUAAGCUAAAAAAACCCUAAGACAAACAAUACUUACAUUUGCAAUUGGCCUUAAGGGCUUUUACAUAUAAAGCAUAAUGAUUCGAAGAUGCAAGUUUAUUGUUCAGUGUUUUGUUAAUUCCUAAUCACAUAGACUUUACUAGACUAAAAUAUUCAAGGUGUGGAAGUAUAUAAGCCUCGUACAAAAUAAGUGAGAUGUCAGCAGGCACCAGCUUUCUUAGUCGUCUCAAAGCUCCAACCUUGGCUAAAGGACAAAUUAUCGUCAUCUACUUCGAUAACUUGAGAGUGCUAUACCCAGAAUCAAUGAAAUCCAGACAUAUUAGAAGAAAACAAAGUUUUAAAAGCGUCAUAAAGCUGGUCAAACAUCAAUUUUUCUAAGAUUUCAGUAUGAUGGGAUUGACACUUGUUUAACGAUAAUUACAUGGAAUGGUUAUGAAGACCGUCAGACUCCUUUGCUAUAGGUUUUUGCGGACUUGACAAAGCACAAAGUUCAAUAGCAUUCCUAGCAUUUUGAUGUGGUGUUUGAUGCGGUUAACGACCAAUGAAUCAACAUAUUGAUAAUAUUCAUUCAUAUUUUGCAAAGAUUUUGCAUCGUCAAUGAAACUUCCUUUAGUUAAUAAACUGCAGGACUUUUUUAAAAUCUUGUCUUGAAUGUUUUGUUUUUGUUUUUCGAUUCUUUUAUUGUUAUCAUUAUUAUUAUUAUUAUUGUUAUUAUUAUUAUUAUUUUUUUUUUCAUACAGAAACCUCUCCCUUACUGCAGUGGCCACCUCAUGUAUGCAGACAUGAGCCACUUACCGACCAACAAAAACGGGAAGGUUCACAGAGCAUGCGCUUCCACGGUUUACGCUGACAUCAAUCAUUCGGCUAAGAGAAAGGUGAAGACCGGAUUUAAACCAAGGCUACCAACAAUGUGA